AUGAAGGAUGUUCUAAUUACAUCAGAAGGUGAUAAUGAGUUAAGAAAAAGGGUGUCUAGUGCAGGAGAAAAUUUGGGACACUUAUCUCUAUCAAAAGAUGAUCUUCUUAGCUCAUUGGAGGAGUUGGCAAAGUGCUUGCAAGAGGUGAAACAGUCACCCUCUCAUCUGAUCCAAAAUGCAAUAGCUCUGACAGUGAACUCUUUGGGAGAACAUAGGUUGCUGAGACGCCCAAAAAAUGAGGUAAGACUAGUUGUUUCUAAUUGUCUAAGUGAAAUUAUAAGAAUUACAGUCCCUGAAAUUCCUUACAAAGAUGAUAUAAUGAAAGAAGUCUUGCAACUGAUUGUGGAGAGCCUCCAUGGGUUGCAUGAUGACAAAGACCCAACUUUUAAUAGAAGGACAAAAAAUUUAGACAUUAUGGCAAGGACCAGAUCAUUUGUCCUUAUGUUGGACCUUCACUAUGAUGAGUUGAUUCUACAAAUGUUUCAAUGUCUCAUUGCUGAAAUUAGGAAACGUCACCCUAACAAGUUGAAGACAGACAUGUUUGACAUCUUGUCCAUGAUCCUAGAUGAGAAUGAUACUGUUUGUAAGCAGUUGCGGUAUAAUUUGCUAGAUAUUUGGAGAACAAAGUUGCAUGUGUCAGCUACAGCCUAUGACUUUGCAAGAAGUUUUAUUGAGUUGAAGAUUGAGAAGUUUAGGGAACAACUAACUUCAGAAGAAUUGGUCAUGUGGGGUUUACAAGUAUCACCUUCUCUUUAG